AUGGCUUCUACAGAUGCAGAUUCCGGCGCCCUGAUUCCGCCACCACACAAACACCCGCCUGACCUGGAGCAUCUGCCAACCGAGAUCCUGAGGAAGAUCAUCGCCUUCAGCUUCCCAAAUGGGACCAGCUGUGCGCGAAUCAAAGACCACCGCGGCAAACUGUUGGGACUCAUCUGGCCAGAUACAGAUGCAUGGAUCGGAGGAUGGCUUCUUGUCUCGAAGCAGAUCAACUCCGUCGCGCACGAAGUCAUCUACUCUUCUAAGCACGUCAUUGAGGUUCUCCGACCCCGAGGGACCUACAAUCACGCGAUCUCCGAGAUCAUCAUGCAGAUCGGCCCAGCAGACGGAACGUGGUCUUAUGUGACUCUAGACAGUCAAGUCCGGAAGGCGCUGGAACCAAAGCAUGCGGUCGCACUCUCUGCCAAGACGUUGGUCCACCUUUCCGAUCUCGACAUCAUUUGGCUUUAUUGCCACUCUCCUUGGAGCGCUACAGACAGUCUGCCUUAUUUUAUUCGACAUCCAACCACGAUGAAAAAGGGAAUUGGCUCCAAGGUUCUGCGCGGCGUAGUUGAUAGGCCUGAUGAAACGGCAUCCAAGACCGACCUAUUGAGCUUGCCCACCGAGAUCCUGGAGCAAAUACUCUCUAGGGCGCUUCCGUCUAAUAUGGUCUACGAGCAUUUGUGGGAAUGGAACAUCCUGAUCGACGAGCCUGUAAAGCUGCGAGAAGGGUGGAACAUUCCGUGGGCUUUCGAAUUGCGAUUGGCGUCGAAGCUGAUCUAUCGCAUCGCCAUGCCUAUCAUCACUCAGCGCGCUACGAGGAGGGAGAGAAUCAUUGCGGAUGAAUACUGA